AUGGAUGUGGUUCAGAAAGAAGGCCAGGAAGGACCGCAGAGGGACAACAAGGGCAAAGUGAAGAACAGAACGUUGUGUGCUAAAUCUGCCUCCUUUUCCAUCCAUUUGUGCAAGAUGAACCAACAGAAUCAAGGAUCAGGCUCUCAAUCACCUGCAGACCCUCCUGUGAAGCGAAAACGUGGACGUCCACGCAAGGAUGAGAAUUUGGUUCAGUGGGAGGGCAUGCCUGCGCCUGAUAGUUUGAAGAAAAACAAGCAAAAUGCUAAUACUGGUGAUGAAGAUGAAAUGGUUGGUCAAUUGGUUUCAGGUGUAAUUGAAGGUUCAUUUGAUGCUGGAUAUCUUCUUAAUGUGAAGGUAGGCAAUACUGACACCGAGCUGAGGGGUGUCGUAUUUCUACCAGGGCGGUUCACUCCAAUUACUGCAGCAAAUGAUGUUGCUCCAAAUGCAAAGAUGUACAAAAGAAAAGAGAUUCAUGUCCCAAAUCUUAACCAGAAAUCUCCACUUUAUGAUGCUGUUCACCCAGAACAAAUUAAUAAACAACCUACUGAGCAGAAAAACAAAGUGCCUACACUUGCAGAGCAAACUCAAUCUUCUAAUUCUCAGUCUGGCAUCCCAGUGAUAGUAGAGAACCAAUCUUCGAUGGUUAUGGUACCUUUGGCUGAUAGUUCGGUAAAAGAUGAUCCAGGUCUUUCCUUUGGAGGAAAAGUUGUGCCUUUGCAAAUUUCGGACCCUGGACUUGAUGGUCAGCCCACCUCCAUAAAGCAUGAUAAAGCUCUUGAACAGGAUGGGAUGUUGCAUGAAGUUGAAGUCUGCACGGUGACAAAAGGACCUAAUUAUUUAGAGUUAAACAAAGAAUCAAAAGCGGAAGCAGCAUCAGAACCAGUUCUUGACAAAUUGCCAGGCAUUGAAACAAUUAAUAAGGAGUCUCAAAUUCAACAUCAAGUUAUAAGUUCUGACGAUAAGAGUGGAAUGGUUAAUGAGGUGAAGAGUCCAAACCUUGAACUCAACCAAACUCCUGUAGUUGCUAAACCUGAUUCCAUAUAUUCUGAACUUCCUAGUGGUAAACCAGUCGAAAAUGUCACAGAAAAACAAGCUUCAACAGAUGAAAAUAUAGCUCAAGAUAUACAAUCAGGUGAUGCUAUUAAGAUUUCAAAUGGAGAGGGUAUGCCUGUGAUGUUUGAGGGAGAUACUGUUCCUUCCGAAUCCAAGCUUGAAUCUGAAGGAUCUGUACAUCCUGGACACACUGCCGGGUUAGGCUCAUACUCUCCAGCAAAUUCCAGCCGACCAGCUAUGCUAUUUGAGGGAGAGGCCGUUCCAUCUGAAUCCAAACUAGCAUCUGAAGAAUCUGUUCUUCCAGGACAUGAUACUGGGUUAGUUUCAUUCUCGGCACCAAAUCUCAGCCAACCAGCAAUGAUAUUUGAAGGAGAAGGCAUCCCAUCCGAAUCCAAGCUUGCAUCUGAUGGACCUAUCGUUCCAGGACUGAUUCAACCCCAGAUCUGCAGUUCUUCUGGUGCCAUUGGCAACAUGAAAUGUGAUAUCAAUGAUGCCAUUCCACCUUCACAAUCUUAGAUCCAUCAAGUGGUGUCAAAUAUUCCUGUUGGACAUGAGUUUGGUUUAUUAAACACAGAGACAGGAAAAUUGAAGAAAACCAAAAUCCUUGUAGAGUCGUGGCCUUUAGGAAUAAAACAGACUUUGUAGUCGCUUAGUAUGGCUGCAUACUAAAACAGAGUAUCAAGUAGAUGCAAUACUAUAGUAUAGAAUCAGGGACUCCUUUUAUUGACUGCUGGAGAUGGCUUUUAUUAACCAUCUCUCAAGACUUUGUUAUGGAUAUGUACCCUUUUUGUAUGCAUAAGGGUAUUCUUUCCAUUUUGUUAAGUGGCUUUUUUUUUUUUUUUGGGUCAGGCAUUCAGUAGGCUAAUUUCUUUUACUUUUGUUUAUUUAUUAUUAUUAGUAUUAUUAUUAUUUUUAUUA